AUGGUUCGAUACGCCGCCCACGAGAUUCAGCCCGCGAAGUCGGCCCGCGCCCGCGGUGCCUACCUCCGAGUUUCUUUCAAGAACACCCGCGAGACCGCCCAGGCCAUCAACGGCUGGAAGCUGCAGCGAGCUGUCCAGUUCCUCGAGAACGUCAAGGAGCACAAGGAGGCCGUCCCCAUGCGACGAUAUGCCGGUGGCACUGGCCGCACUGCCCAAGGCAAGCAGUUCGGUGUCUCCCGCGCUCGAUGGCCCGUCAAGUCCGCCGAGUUCCUGCUCGGUCUCCUGAAGAACGCUGAGGCCAACGCCGACGCCAAGGGCCUCGACACCGGUGCCCUCGUUGUCAAGCACAUCCAGGUCAACCAGGCCCCCAAGCAGCGAAGACGGACAUACCGUGCCCACGGUCGUAUCAACCCCUACAUGUCCAACCCCUGCCACAUCGAGCUCAUCCUGACCGAGGGUGACGAGGUUGUCGCCAAGACUGAGGAGGUUGCCGGCCGUGAUACUCUCCGCCUCAACGCCCGCCAGCGCGCCGCCCGCACCCGCAAGGCCAUCACUGCCGCAUAA